UUUAUUAAAGAAGUUUGAGAACAGUUUUUAAGGACAGGAGUAGGAAAGUUUUGAAAAGGAUCACAGCUACACAAUACACCUGUUGGAAGCUUACAAAUUUAUAUGGAGAGUUAAGGGAAAGUUGGAAUGAUCACUCCUGUGUUUGUUAAAUUAAAUUUUACUGAAGCUGGUUAUUUUUUCUCUGUAAGCUGGGAUUUCAACCUUGCACUUGAGGUCUCGGUACCUGGAAACAGACAUGGAGUGGAAAAUACUUCCCAUGUACUUGCUGCUGCUUUCUGUUUUCUUGAUUCAGCAAGUUUCUUCUCAAGAUUUACCAAGCUGUGCAGGGAGAUGUGGGGAAGGGUAUUCUAGAGAUGCCACCUGCAACUGUGAUUAUAACUGUCAACACUACAUGGAGUGCUGCCCUGAUUUCAAGAAAGUCUGCACUGUGGAGCUUUCCUGUAAAGGCCGCUGCUUCGAGUCCUUUGCAAGAGGGAGGGAGUGCGACUGCGACUCGGAAUGUAAGAAGUAUGGCAAGUGCUGUUCCGAUUAUGAGAAUUUUUGUGGAAAAGUGCAUAAUCCCCCAUCACCAUCUUCAAAGACUGUACCUCCAGCUCCAGGAGCAUCUCAAACCAUCAAAUCAACAACCAAACGUUCACCCAAAUCACCAAACAAGAAGAAGACUAAGAAAGUUAUAGAAUCAGAGGAAAUAACAGAAGAACAUUCUGUUUCUGAAAAUCAAGAGUCUUCUUCCUCCUCUUCCUCUUCCUCUUCAACUAUUCGGAAAGUCAAGUCUUCCAAAAAUUCAGCUGCUAAUAAAGAAUUAAAGAAGAAACCCAAAGUAAAAGAUAACAAGAAGGAAAAAACUCCUAAAAAGAAACCUAACCCUGAACCACCAGUUGUAGAUGAAGAUGGAAGCGGACUGGACAAUGGUGACGUCAAGCUCACCCCGACUCCUGACAUUCCUACCACCCAACGCAAUAAAGUUACCACACCUCCCAAGAUUACAACAGUCAAACCGACAAAUCCAAAACCCAGUCUUCCACCUAAUUCUGAUACACCCAAAGAGACAUCUUCAACAACGAGUGAGGAGACAGCAGUUGAAACUAAAGAGACUCCUAUAACGAAUAAACAGACUUCAAAUAGAGAAAAAGAGAAGACUACUUCACCUAAAGAGAAACAAAGUGCAGAGAAAAUACCUGCUAAAGAUUUUAUACCCACAUCCAAAGCUCCUAGUACAUCUACACCAAAAGCUGAAACUACAACCAAAUCUCCUGCUCCCACCACCACCAAGAAACCUGUUCCCACUACCCCCAAGAAGCCUGCAUCCACCACCAAAGAGCCUGCACCCACCACCCCCAAGAAGCCAGUACCCACCACCAAAGAGCCUGCACCCACCACUCCCAAGAAGCCUGCACCCACCACUCCCAAGAAGCCUGCACCCACCACCCCCAAGAAGCCUGCACCCACGACCACAGAGCCUGCACCCACCACCCCCAAGAAGUCUGCACCCACGACUAAAGAGCCUGCACCCACUACCCCCAAGAAGCCUGCACCCACGACCAAAGAGCCUACACCCACCACCCCCAAAGAGCCUACACCUACCACCCCCAAGGAGCCUGCACCCACCGCCCCCAAGGAGCCUGCACCCACCGCCCCCAAGGAGCCUGCACCCACCGCCCCCAAGGAGCCUGCACCCACCGCCCCCAAGGAGCCUGCACCCACCGCCCCCAAGGAGCCUGCACCCACCGCUCCCAAGGAGCCUGCACCCACUGCCCCCAAGGAGCCUGCACCCACCGCCCCCAAGGAGCCUGCACCCACCGCCCCCAAGGAGCCUGCACCCACCGCUCCCAAGGAGCCUGCACCCACCGCCCCCAAGGAGCCUGCACCCACCGCCCCCAAGGAGCCUGCACCCACCGCCCCCAAGGAGCCUGCACCCACAGCCCCCAAAGAACCUGCUCCCAGCAUUCCCAAGGAGCCUGCACCCACCGCCCCCAAGGAGCCUGCACCCACCGCCCCCAAGGAGCCUGCACCCACCGCCCCCAAGGAGCCUGCACCCACCGCCCCCAAGGAGACUGCACCCACUGCUCCCAAGGAGCCUGCACCCACAGCCCCCAAAGAACCUGCUCCCAGCAUUCCCAAGGAGCCUGCACCCACCGCUCCCAAGGAGCCUGCACCCACCGCCCCCAAGGAGACUGCACCCACAGCCCCCAAGGAGCCUGCACCCACCGCCCCCAAGGAGACUGCACCCACUGCUCCCAAGGAGCCUGCACCCACAGCCCCCAAAGAACCUGCUCCCAGCAUUCCCAAGGAGCCUGCACCCACCGCCCCCAAGGAGCCUGCACCCACCGCUCCCAAGGAGCCUGCACCCACCGCCCCCAAGGAGCCUGCACCCACCGCCCCCAAGGAGACUGCACCCACUGCUCCCAAGGAGCCUGCACCCACAGCCCCCAAAGAACCUGCUCCCAGCAUUCCCAAGGAGCCUGCACCCACUGCCCCCAAGGAGCCUGCACCCACCGCUCCCAAGGAGCCUGCACCCACCGCCCCCAAGGAGACUGCACCCACAGCCCCCAAGGAGCCUGCACCCACCGCCCCCAAGGAGACUGCACCCACUGCUCCCAAAGAGCCUGCACCCACAGCCCCCAAAGAACCUGCUCCCAGCAUUCCCAAGGAGCCUGCACCCACCGCCCCCAAGGAGCCUGCACCCACCGCUCCCAAGGAGCCUGCACCCACCGCCCCCAAGGAGACUGCACCCACCGCCCCCAAGGAGCCUGCACCCACCGCCCCCAAGGAAACUGCACCCACUGCUCCCAAGGAGCCUGCACCCACAGCCCCCAAAGAACCUGCUCCCACUUCUCUUGAGACACCUGCUCCAACCAACUCAGAGGGCUCUACUACAACCACCAUGGAGCCUCCCACUACUCCCGAAAACCCUGCUGAAUCAACUCCUGAGUUUCCCAAAGAACCCACACCAAAGGCUCUUGAAAACAGUCCCAAAGAACCUGUUAUACCUGUAACUAAGGCUCCUGGAGUGACCACACCUGAAAUCACUACAACAGCUAAAGACAAAACAACAGAAAAAGACAUACACAUGACACCUGGAAUUAUGGCUGCUGUACCUACAUCAACUCCGACAGAAGAAAAGACCACUGAUUCCAAAACAAGAACAACCACACAAGUAACAUCAGCCACAUCGUCCAAAAAUACUCCUCAAGCCACAACUCUUGCACCCAAAGUAAUGACUACAACAAAAAAGGCAACUACAUCUGAAGAGACUAUGAAUAAACCUGAAGAAACCACAGCUGCACCAAAAGACAGAGCUAAUCCUAAAGUGUCAACUCCUAAAUCCCAAAAGCCAACCAAAGCACCAAAAAAGCCCACUUCUACCAAAAAGCCAAACACGAUACCUAAAGGGAGAAAACCAAAGACUACACCAACUCCCCCAAGGAUGACUACAUUGACAGUGCCCAAAUUACACCCCACCUCUUCCACAAAAGCCAUUCUCCAAACUACCACCAGCCCCAACCAAACACCUAACUCAGAAAUAGUUGAAGUAAAUCCAAAUAAGGAUGGAGAUGCUGCAGGAGAAAAACCUCACAUGAUCCCCAGGCCCCCCGUGUUAACUCCUAUAUUUAUCCCAGGCACGGAUAUCUUAGUGAGAGGAUCCAAUCAAGACAUUGCCAUCAACUCCAUGCUUUCAGAUGAGACUAAUUUAUGCAACGGUAAGCCAGUAGAUGGGCUGACUGCUUUGCGCAAUGGAACAUUAGUUGCAUUUCGAGGUCAUUAUUUCUGGAUGCUAAGUCCAUUCAGUCCACCAUCUCCAGCUCGUAAAAUUACUGAAGUUUGGGGUAUUCCCUCCCCCAUUGAUACUGUUUUUACUAGGUGCAACUGUGAAGGAAAAACUUUCUUCUUUAAGGAUUCUCAGUACUGGCGUUUCACCAAUGACAUAAAAGAUGCAGGGUAUCCCAAACAAAUUGUAAAAGGAUUUGGAGGACUAAAUGGAAAAAUAGUGGCAGCUCUCUCCAUAGCUAAAUACAAGGAAAGACCUGAAUCUGUGUAUUUUUUCAAGAGAGGUGGCGGCAUUCAGCAGUAUAUUUAUAAACAGGAACCCGUCAGAAAGUGCACUGGUAGAAGGCCUGCUAUCAAUUAUUCAGUGUAUGGAGAAACAACACAGGUUAGGAGACGUCGCUUUGAACGCGCCAUAGGACCUUCUCAAACACACACCAUCAGAAUUCGCUAUUCACCCAUCAGAGUCUCUUAUCAAGACAAAGGUUUCCUCCAUAAUGAAGUUAAAAUGAGUUUAUACUGGAGAGGAUUUCCAAAUGUGGUUACUUCAGCUAUAGCACUGCCCAACACCAGAAAACCUGAUGGCUAUGAUUAUUAUGCCUUUUCUAAAGAUCAAUACUAUAACAUCGAUGAACCAAGUAGAACAGCAAGAGUCAUUACUACUCGUUCUGGGCGGACCUUGUCCAAUGUCUGGUACAACUGUCCUUAG